AUGUCUGCCAGGUGGAUUGUUGGUCGUCCGCUCAAUGGGACAUUCCAACCUACAAAUCUAGACUAUCCCUUAUGGAUCUGGCCAGAAGAGCCACGACUGCUCGCAACCAACUGUACGCCCCUCAUUGAACAGGCUGAAGCCGAGAUCACAGCUGAUGUAGAGACUGGCAGUGUUCUGACAUAUGUCAUCAAGACCGAGCCCAAGAACUUGACUAUGGCUUGGUUGGACAACUAUCUCGAGCACAAUUCUUCGGCCGACUUCACAGGUGAGACAUACCACUAUACUAUCUCGGAGGAAAAUGUGACAGUCAGCUGGGGCAACUUCUUCUGGGACACUUUGUUGAACUCUGGGCGCUCCUUCGAUAUUCUGUCCAAUCCUCAAGGUAUGAGUGAGCCUGAUGCUUCUCGAUAUCGCUCUUUCAACUUCCAGGUCCGUGGUCUAAACCUUGACUUUAUGUCAUUCGCCAUGCUGGCGCUCGCAAACAACAGCAAAGAGGCUUUGUUGGAUCCACAGACAUUCAUGGACUUGGCCAACACAACAUUCGGGACGUUCUUCAAGCACUAUGCGUCCGAGAAUGUCACAAGGCUAUCUGGAGGUCACACAUACGAACCUGUUGGCGAGAAGCUGCCUUGGGCCAUAGGGCCAGUCUUGAAUGAAACCAACAGGACGACGCAUUCAACCUAUCAAGGAGCAUUCGCGACAGAGAAUCAGACCGCACCUAUCUCGCCAACGAUUGUAGCCACCUAUUCUAUACCAGUCCAGCAAUUGGUCAUGUCUCCUAUCGCCGUCUACCUUUGUCUUUCUAUCCUCGCACUCCUUGUGCUUACCACUAUCAUCAUGUACUCGUCAAACCGGAGUCAUUUCAAGGCGCUCCCACGAGAUGUUGAUACAUUGGCUAGCACACUUGCCUUUGUUCACGGUAGCGACAGAUUGCUUGACUGGGCUCAAGAUAGUGCGGUGACAAAGCCAUGGUAUAGGUUGCGUUCUCGUCAGGACGUUCAGGCACGAGAACAGUCAAAGCGGUUGAUGGCGCAGAUGGGACCGUUCAAAGAUCAAGAUGGCAAUGAGGCAUGGGGCAUCGAGCUGGUCAAACCCAAGGGGAUGGUACAACAUCAUGAUCGCCAAGAGACCGAAUCACAAGUAUAG